CCGCACACUCCUCCGUCUCUGCGUUUGUACCGCCUCUCCGCCGCAUACAGCCAUACCCACCACAGCUCCGUCUUGACAUCUGUGCUUUGAGAGGUGACCGUACCCUAUCUGCUUGCGGGCAGUGAUUCAGCAAGCCCGAUACUACCCCGAGGGUGUGCUCCACUGAGUCCUGCUUCAACCGGAGGUCCCUGCCCCCACCGUUACAAUGUCGAAACGCAGGGUGGCUUACUAUUACGAUUCUGAUGUGGGCGCUUACACCUAUGGCUAUGGGCACCUCAUGAAACCUCAACGGAUGCGUAUCACUCAUGAACUCGUAUCUGCAUAUGGCAUGCUGGACAAGAUGCACAUUCUGCGUGCAAAACGCGCAUCCGCGGAGACAAUGACGCGCUUUCACACCGACGAGUACAUCGAGUUUCUCUCAAAAGUCACACCGGAUAAUGUCGAGGAGCUCAUGUCACAGCGUUCCCGAUUUCUCGUACUCGGUGAUGACAACCCUGCAUUCGAAGGUAUCUUCGAAUUUUGCUCCAUCUCUGCGGGAGGGUCAAUAGCUGCUGCCGAACGCAUCGCAAGCGGGGCAACAGACAUCGCCAUCAACUGGGCCGGCGGGCUACACCACGCCAAGAAGCGCGAAGCCUCAGGCUUUUGCUAUAUCAAUGACAUCGUGCUCGGUAUUAUCGAGCUCCUGCGCUCCGUGCCGCGCGUGCUGUACAUCGACAUUGACUGCCACCACGGUGAUGGCGUCGAAGAGGCGUUCUAUACGACCGACCGCGUCAUGACGUGCUCGUUCCACAAGUACGGCGAGGAGGGCAAAGGCAAGGGAUAUGCAGUCAACGUCCCGUUGAAGGAUGGCGUCACCGACGAGUCGUUCAGAAGCAUCUUCGAGCCGGUGCAUCUUGCUGUCUUUCAGCCCUCCGUGAUCGCUGGGUGCCUUAACUUGACGAUGCAGGGGCACGCGAAUUGCCUCCAGUAUGUGCGCUCGCGCAACAUCCCGCUCAUCCUCCUUGGCGGUGGCGGGUACACCGUGAAGAACGUCGUGCGCGCGUGGACGUACGAGACCGCGUUAUUUGAGUGGUUCGGCCCGAGGUACAGGCUGGAGGUCCUGCCGAAUAAUAUGGAGGAUAUGAACGUGAAGGAUGGGUCGCUCGAUGAGGUCCGGUAAGUUACUUGCUGCUCCUCGUGAUCCGUUGGAAGGCGAAGUUGAGCGUAUACAAGGACAAAAGUGCUACAACAGCUGGGCGAACUACAGCCUGCGCCCUCUGUUGGGAUGCAGGAUGUUCCUCGAGAGAGUCUAGGCGAGCAUCUCGGGUUCGGAAACGCCAACAACGAAGAACCCAUGGAUGAGCUUGACGAGCGACUAGCGCGUGAGUGCCGCCUUCCUAUUGUUCUGGCCGCGCCUCAUUCGUGCUGUGUAGAACACACGCGCUUCGUUUAUGGCCUGCAAGAAGCUGCUGCCUCAGACAACGAGUCAGACGGGGACGACGCGGACUCCAUCUCAGACGACUCACAUGCGGGCCGGCGGCGCCGCUCAAAACGCCGUUCCCGGCGGCG